CCGAUCCAAAGACUUGACAAGCAGUUGAGGUUCACAGUUUCGUAGUAAGUCAAACGCAACCUCGUUAACAACUAACAAACGUUUUAGAGAGAGAAAGAGAUACCGAUGAUGAUCGGAGACGGCGUCGAAGACGAAGAGAAAUGGCUGUCUGCUGGAAUCACCGGCCUUCAGCAGAACGCUUUCUACAUGCAUCGCGCUCUGGACUCGAACAAUCUUCGAGACGCUUUGAAAUAUUCUGCUCAGAUGUUGUCUGAGCUUAGGACUUCGAAACUUUCUCCGCAGAAAUACUAUCAACUUUAUAUGCGAGCAUUUGAUGAGUUGAGGAAGCUGGAGAUGUUCUUUAAAGAGGAGACGCGACGCGGUUGCUCAAUUAUUGAUCUGUAUGAACUUGUGCAGCAUGCUGGCAACAUAUUGCCUAGACUGUAUCUACUCUGUACAGUAGGAUCUGUAUAUAUCAAAUCAAAGGAAGCACCAGCUAAGGAUGUUCUUAAAGAUCUUGUUGAAAUGUGCCGUGGCAUUCAGAAUCCUGUUCGUGGGCUCUUCCUGAGGAGUUAUCUCUCUCAAGUUAGCAGGGAUAAGUUACCUGAUAUUGGUUCUGAGUAUGAAGGGGAUGCGGAUACUGUCAAUGAGGCUGUGGAGUUUGUACUCCAGAACUUCACCGAGAUGAACAAACUAUGGGUGCGGAUGCAACAUCAGGGACCUGCCCGGGAGAAGGAGAAACGGGAGAAAGAAAGGAGCGAGCUGCGUGAUCUUGUUGGGAAGAAUCUGCAUGUCCUCAGUCAGAUAGAGGGUGUUGACCUUGAUAUGUACAAAGAUAUUGUGCUUCCAAGAGUUCUGGAGCAGGUUGUCAAUUGUAAAGAUGAGAUUGCACAGUGCUACCUGAUGGAUUGCAUUAUUCAAGUCUUUCCUGAUGAGUACCAUUUGCAAACUCUUGAAAUAUUGUUGGGUGCUUUCCCACAGCUUCAGCCAUCUGUUGACAUUAAGACAGUGCUAUCUCGACUGAUGGAAAGGCUUUCAAAUUAUGCGGCUUCAAGUACAGAAGUGUUACCUGAGUUCUUGCAAGUAGAAGCAUUUUCCAAGUUGAACAAUGCCAUAGGAAAGGUGAUAGAAGCACAGGUUGACAUGCCUAUCCUCGGAGCUGUAACUUUAUAUUCAUCUCUUCUUACAUUUACUCUUCAUGUCCACCCUGAUCGCCUUGAUUAUGCGGAUCAAGUACUGGGAGCAUGUGUUAAAAAACUUUCUAGCAACGGGAAACUGGAUGACAGAAGAGCAACAAAACAGAUUGUUGCACUGUUAAGUGCUCCACUGGAGAAAUACAACGACAUUGUCACUGUGUUGAAGCUCUCCAACUAUCCUCAUGUGAUGGAAUACCUUGACAAUGAGACUAACAAAGUCAUGGCAUCUGUUAUAAUUCAAAGCAUUAUGAAAAACAAUACUCAUAUUUCAACAGCUGAGAAGGUUGAGGCAUUGUUUGAAUUAAUUAAAGGGCUUAUUAAGGACUUGGAUGGGACUCUUCAUGACGAGGUUGAUGAAGAUGAUUUCAAAGAAGAGCAGAAUUCUGUUGCACGUCUUAUUCAGAUGCUUCAUAAUGAUGAUCCAGAAGAGAUGUUCAAGGUCAUAUGUACAGUAAGAAAGUAUAUUUUGACUGGAGGACCAAAGCGUCUACCAUUUACUGUGCCACCCCUUGUUUUUUCUUCACUCAAGUUGAUUCGGCAGCUUCAAGGCCCAGACCAAGGCUCUGAUGAGAAUCCAUUUGGAGAAGAGGGAGCAACUUCACCGAAAAAGAUUUUUCAGCUUUUAAAUCAGACUAUUGAGAUUCUGUAUGGUGUUCCAGCACCUGAAUUGGCAUUACGGUUGUACUUGCAGUGUGCAGAGGCUGCAAAUGACUGUGACUUGGAGCCUGUGGCAUAUGAAUUUUUCACCCAAGCAUAUAUCCUUUAUGAAGAAGAAAUUUCAGAUUCCAGAGCACAGGUGACAGCUAUACAUUUAAUAAUAGGGACUCUUCAGAGGAUGCAUGUCUUUGGUGUAGAGAACAGGGAUACUCUAACACACAAGGCUACAGGGUAUUCUGCAAAGCUUUUGAAGAAGCCUGACCAGUGCAGAGCUGUCUAUGCAUGUUCUCACCUCUUCUGGGUUGAUGAUCAGGAUAACAUGAAAGAUGGAGAGAGAGUUCUGCUUUGCCUCAAACGUGCACUAAGAAUAGCAAAUGCUGCUCAACAGAUGUCCAAUGCUACACGAGGCAGCACUGGAUCAGUCACGCUUUUUGUAGAGAUACUGAACAAGUAUCUCUACUUUUUUGAGAAGGGGAACCCACAGAUCAAUGUUGCUGCAAUUCAGAGCUUGAUUGAGUUGAUUACAACUGAGAUGCAAAGUGACACCAACACCACAGAUCCGGCUGCAGAUGCUUUCCUUGCAAGCACCAUGCGGUACAUACAGUUCCAGAAACAGAAAGGUGGUGCCGUGGGUGAAAAAUAUGAGCCUAUCAAGGUGUGACACAGUCGAUGACAAGAAAUCGCUUCUAGAUUUUGCUAUCGUGUGAAGGCUGUGAUGAGUUUUGAUUCAAACUUCUGCAGAUAACUUGAGGGAAUUAGGUUUUAUUUGCUUUGUUCCCGGUUUCUAAAGUUCAGUUCAUGAAACCCUGCAAGCAAUAUUGAAAAUCUCUGUUACCAUUCUGGUUUCACAUAUUUUCUGAUGUAUAAUUUUGCUUUUUCGUUUUACGUAGUUCACUUACUCUUAGACCC